UGGAAGUGUCCUUCCUGCAGGGAUUCAUGGGAAAGAGGAGGAGGCUAGCCUGCUUUCGAAGUCAAGACGUUGGAGUUGCUGUCACAAAGGAGUUGUGGUGAUCAGAAGCGGCUAAACUCCAGCUAGAAAAAGUUGACCAGAAUCAUGGAAGUGGACAAAGCAAAGCUCCAGGAAGCUGCCAUUGUGGGCCUGAAUGUCCUGAAAGCCGUCGCUUCAGCCGCCGCUGUGUUCUUCCCGCCCAUCGGCAUCGCCGGUUCCUUGAUUGGCGUGGUUCUAAAAUUCGUCGACAAGGACGAGAGCAUCGAGAACCUGAAGAACGAGUUCCAGUCGAUCCACCGGGGCCUCGACGAGCUCUCCAAGCAGAACCAGCAGACCAUGAAGACGAUCAUCAAGCAGACGGCCGACGGACAGUUCAGCAAAGUGGAGAGGAGCCUCAAGUGGCAGUACGACAUGUACAUGAAGAUGAUCAACGCCCCGCCGGACCACGUGAAGAGGAGGAGCGAUGAGUUUGUGGAGGCGUACGACGACGAGCUGGGCGACCAGCAUCUGAACACGCUGUACGAGAGCGUGAUCGGUGUGCACAAGGUGUUCGGCAAACCCAUCCUGCAGGUGUACAAGCAGCACUCACGCAAUGACCGCGACAUCAUGACCAAGCUCAGCCACCAGCUCUUCUACCUGUUCAGCAUCGGCUGCAUCACGCUGAUGGCCAACGCCGUCCUCAUCGGGGACGACGUGGAGAGCCUGAAGGAGGAGUGGGAGGAGAAGAUGAAGCGCGUGUGGACGGAGAUGGAGAAAGCUCUGGAAGAAUGUCAGUAGAGAUGUUUCUGCUGACACGUCCACACCUGUCAAACAUCUGUUCGCUAAAAUCUCCUUUGAAUGAUUGUAAAUCAUCUCCGGCAUGGUGGCGCUUCACUAAAUGAUCUAUUUAACGCUUACUGACUAGAACCUGCAAACGUAAUCGUCUUUAACGGAACUUUACUGUGGACUUUUGUUUCCAACUAACAGCACUUUGGUAAAGAAAGUUUUCUC